CCAAGUGGGAUCUCUCUCGGGUAUGCUUGCUUGCUUGCUUGCUUGCUGCCUAGUCAAUCGCGAACCCCCCUACCCAUACUAUCACUAAGUAACUAAAUUUAAUUUAUUCCAUUUUAUUAUCAUGAAACAGUUCGUUUCCAGUCCAUUCAUGGACAUACCUAGGUCAUCAGUUAGAUCCAUCCGAUCUUGGCUGCCUAGGAUACUAAAGGGGAAAGAACUAGAAAACUCCUCCUGUUCUUCACACUCACUUUCCUUUCGCUUCCGGUUCGUUCGAAGAACGAACUCACUCAGCCUCGGGAUUCUCGGAUGUGCGUGGGUGGGUAGGUGGCUAGGGACUCAUUCCGGAAUACCUUCCCCCUCUAAGUUCCUCUCCUCUUAUCGUGAUAUCGUAAUCGGGGCUUAGCAUCUAGAUAGGUACUAAGUUCAGCAGCUGCCUAAUGCUGCCAAGUUGGAGUAUUUUUCCAAAAACCACUUGGACCAUACACGUUACUUCGGUUGGAGUUGCCAGUGGAUUCGAGCUUUGCCUUUGUCGGAUUGUCUUCCAACGUCAAU